GCGACGUGUUCUACCGCAAUGAAGAAAAGCUUAAUACUUAGAAGUCCCGAUACACACACCACUUACACGAGUGCUUCUUUGCCUAUCUACGGAGCGCAACAUGUACAGUGGCAAAUCAACCUUGUCGGACACUGUGACACAUAACCUCUCAUAAUGAGAACAGCCCCCGCUGGAGUGGAUAUUUCUAUGCGCUGAUUUGACCGCCUGUUGCCGAUGAGUGCUAAAAGCCUUGCUUAAUACAGCACAGGGACCGAUGAAACCGGCCUGCAGGUUUUUGUGUAAUGCUGGCAUUCCAAGCAGAGUUUCCGUUGAUAAUAAUACGAAUCGGCGCUUGUUUGCAUGAUGGGCUGUUUAUGUCUUGUCAGAUUCAUCGAUUAGGGUCAACCUCGUUUUGCUAUGUUCGUUUUUGUACAGUCCCACAGGCUUCACACAGACGGUCAUCCAAUACCUAUUAUUGU